UGGUGGAGAGGGAGUGGAGGAGGAGGAUGGAGGUUCUGGAGAAGCAGAAGAAGGGUCUGAGUGAAGAGGUGAGCAUGCCAGAGGAGAAGCGAGAGAGGGACCUAAAAAACGUUAAGCAACAGAAGGAGGGAGAGAAGCCAAUGGCGGACAGGAGGAGCAGGAUGAGUGGAGGAACGGAGGAGGACAGAUGUGGAGGUCUUUCCUCUCUUUUCCAGGAGACGGAGGAGAUACUCUUGAAGGACAAAGAGGAGGAGGUGUACCUGCUGACCAAGAGGACAGGGGAGCUGGCUGAGGACAGAGACAGAAUCUUAUCGGCUCUGGAGCAGACGGAGGCUGCUCUGAUUAGCUACAAGGAGAGGGGCCUUUCCAAUGAGCAGGAUAUUGACCUCGUACCAAGGGUUGCCUUGCUCCAGAGAACUGUAGCAGAGCUGGAAGUGGACCAGCGACGUCUGACAACAAGAAGCUCUCAGCUGAAACAUCAGAACCAUCGACUCAGGAGCCACCGGAAGGUGCUCCGCCACAGGCUGAGAAUGGUAGAAGCGGAAAGAGGAAUCCUCUCGGCUCCGCUCACCCAGUCAGACAGCAGAUCUCAGCAGAUCAUAGAAACUGACAGAGAAACGCCACGACUGAAGAACAGAAUAAGAGAACUGGAAGAACAGGUCCACCGUUUGCGUCUCACUCUUUCUCUUGACAGUCAGGAGAUGUGGGACUUCAUCGAAAGCUCCUCUAAGAACAACCAAUCGGUUCUCUCCCUGCGGCGGGACCUCAGCCUGUCCCUGGAUGCCGUCUCCAGGAAGCCCCUCCAAUCGGUUCUGCAGACUGAAACCCAGCGAUUGGACCGUAGCCUCAGGGAGGAGGAGUUUAGAAUGUCUCUAAGCCACUUAUGACUCAUACAGCCCUGGUUGGUCCAGGUUGAAGAGUGUGUGGUACUGAUAGUUAUAUGAUAUAUAUAUAUAUGUGUGUGUGUGUGUAUAUGGGUGGGUCAGUGUAUAGAAGCUUCACCACAAGGUUGUGUUUCUUGCCUCGUUUUAUGUUUGAAUGGAUCACUGUAAAAUAUGCUUACUUCAAUAAAAUGUCAUUGAGCAUCCACAAGCGCCAAUACAUAAGAGGACCCAAGAUACCCAUCGACACCCAUCGAACCUUUAAAUACAAAAUAUCUAUACAUAUCAAUUGUUACUUUAAAAAGUAAAAUGUGCGAUAUUAUAAAAAUUACAUUAUCUUGUAUAAACAUAAGUUAAAGAUAAACUCUAAAUACACAAUACAUUACGGAGGAUUAGUGCAAUUAUUGUGUGCAGAGUGAGUCCAGGGGGAUGAGUCUAUAGGGUGGGGGGGGGGGGUGAGGUCCUUCUCAUCACAACAGA